AUGAGGAUCAGAAAACAGGAAGUGGAAAAAUUAAAUUUUCUUUUUAACGUUUUGAACCUUCAUUUAGCUGCUGCUCAGACAAACUACCUUAACUUCUGGAUUCCUGACGAAAUAACAUAUGGUGAUAGUGUUUCUAUAACUUGCAAACCCAAUGACGCAGGGAUUGCUCAUUUUGGUGUUUUGUCGCGUGUGGACCUCUAUCGACAGCGAGAAAAUGAACCAAUGAGAUUAAUAGUCAGAGCCUCGUACGUUUCUGGGUCAACUUCAGCAAAUGUGGAAUGGUUCGACAUUGCCAUAGACAAGAAGGGGAGAGUGACAGCUGUCUUAGGUCCUCCCGAUUCAUCUAUGUUUCGUCUACGUUUGGAUGAUGUUGACUGUACAGACCAGGGUGUAUACAAAUGUGUUGUUACUGAUGCAGCCUCGACAGGAGGUCAAGCUAUGAAAAUGAAAAAAACUACCGUGAAAGGUGACAGUGCUGGUGUUUACCCAAUCACGACAACCUACAUACGUGGCGCUCAGAAAACAGACAUUAGUCAGCUGGCAGUAUUUGCCGCCCUCAGAACUCUUCAAUAUACCUCUCAGACAAUCUACCCCUCAGGGAGCGUGGGUCUCUUCAAUUGUGUAGCAUCCCCCGGGUUUCCUGCUCCCAAACUGCGCUGGUGCAUCAAACGACCUGGUUCCACAUCAUUUCAGAGUUUCGAUUUUAUUUCGAUAGAGCGUAAAAUGAAAGCAAACUCCACUGCACAGGCUUGUUUGUAUUCGAGCUCAAAGCUCUUGCUGCUUCCAGUCCAAGACAGCGAUAAUGGGACAUCUUUGUCGUGCUCAAACUCAGACGAGGAGUGCGGAGCGGUUCCUGCACCUGAUCCGAUUUCUAAUCCCGAUACACCUCUGGCGUCAUUUGUUAUGUCCGAGUCUCCGUCGAAUGAGAAAGAAAUUAUCAUAUACAUAGGGGAGGAUAAAAAUCACGUCGGAGUCCAAGCGGAGGAAAACAGAGCUGGUCAGACAGAACAGACCGACAACAGUUCCAUGGUUGUCCUGGGUAUCGCUGUAGCCGUCAUAGUGUCCGGAAUUAUCCUGCUGACUGUGGCCGUUGUCACAUACCUCAAAGCCAAAAGAAUUGAAGAAGUGGAAAAAAUCAAGGCCGGCAGAAGUAAUCAGUAUUCUGGCCUUGAGAUGUCAGGGAGAGGUGGUUCUGCUCAUUCUGAAGCAUAUGAAGCUAUAGAUAACUUACCCCCAGACCUACCGGCUACAGGGAAACCGUAUGAAAUGGACGAUAUGUACAUGUUACCGAUUUAUUAGUAGUAAAACUGACAUGGAAAGGUAAAAAAAAAAAACAACAAAAAACAAAAAAACAACUGGUACACUGCUCUCGUUUUGCUAGAUUCAUUGACUUUUGAAUUAGUCAAACUUCAGUGAAAAUGCUGGUAUUUUUUUUCCAUCAUGUGAAUGUAUUUAAAUUCCCCCAACAAACGAAUUAGGGGUUGGAGUUAAAGGAAUCAUUCUGUCUCUAUGUCCGUCUGUGCAUGUAGUGUUUGAACCAUUCAAAGAAAAUGCUAUUUCGUGUACAGUCCAGAUCAACAACAGAGGCUCAUAAUGGACGAGAGCUUGCAGGAAUCUGGGCGUUAUAUUGGUGUGGAUUUAAAAAAUAUCCUAGGUUUGGGGGAGUCCCGUGGGAAAUAUUAAUCUGGUUAUAACAGGUCUAGUUUUACAUGUAGUUGCAAAUCUAGUCUCAUGUUUGUGUUGUGACUCAUCAAUUAAAGAAAAAUUCUGUGAUUGUGUUUAAAUGUUCAUAUUUUAAUAUUUAUUUCCCCAUAAUAACUAAACCAUUAACAACCAUGCUUGACACAAAACACUGUUGGAAUUGGGGAAAGUGAAGUUCGUUAAACGAUAGUAUCCUUCUCAGAGGAGAUCGAAUUGAAAAAUGGAAAUACACCUGUGCUAUUUCAAAAUGUUAGCCAUUGUGCCAGAGAACUAGAUGGGGGAAAUUGCAUUGGAGUUCUCAAUCCUCGUUCAUAUUCAAGUUUUUUUUUUUUUUUAAGACACACAGUGCACGUAAUACCACACUCUGUUAAUUUUUUUCACUGGAAUACAAAGGGAGAUAUUUCAAAUUCAAGUAAGAAAAAAAAUACAAUUAGCAAACAUACAUUAUGUACGUCAAAAUGAUAUGUGAGCGUCUUAUGCAUUUUACUGGAGCUUGAACGUCUGCAAAAUCUUUUCCAUAUCAGGU